UAUGCUCCCAAGUAACUACACGCGUGUGUCAGAGUUUGUGAUCGUGGGCUUCCCGGGGCUUCAUCCAUCCUUCUACCAGCUGGUGGCCUGGUUCUUUUUCUUCAUCUAUGUGACCACGGUGGUGGGGAACUUCCUGCUGGUGGUGCUGUUUGCCCUGGAGCGCAGCCUGCAGAAACCCAUGUACAUCAUCAUGCUCAGCCUGGCUCUGUCAGAUAUAGGUAAGAUACUCAGCCUGGUUCUGUCAGAUAUAGGUAAGAUACUCAGCCUGGCUCUGUCAGAUAUAGGUAAGAUACUCAGCCUGGUUCUGUCAGGUAUAGGUAAGAUACUCAGCCUGGUUCUGUCAGAUAUAGGUAAGAUACUCAGCCUGGUUCUGUCAGAUAUAGGUAAGAUACUCAGCCUGGCUCUGUCAGAUAUAGGUAAGAUACUCAGCCUGGUUGUGUCAAAUAUAGGUAAGAUACUCAGCCUGGUUCUGUCAGAUAUAGGUAAGAGAUACUCAGCCUGGCUCUGUCAGAUAUAGGUAAGAUACUCAGCCUGGCUCUGUCAGAUAUAGGUAAGAUACUCAGCCUGGCUCUGUCAGAUAUAGGUAAGAUACUCAGCCUGGUUGUGUCAGAUAUAGGUAAGAUACUCAGCCUGGUUGUGUCAGAUAUAGGUAAGAUACUCAGCCUGGUUCUGUCAGAUAUAGGUAAGAUACUCAGCCUGGCUCUGUCAGAUAUAGGUAAGAUACUCAGCCUGGCUCUGUCAGAUAUAGGUAAGAUACUCAGCCUUGUUCUGUCAAAUAUAGGUAAGAUACUCAGCCUUGUUCUGUCAGUUAUAGGUAAGAUACUCAGCCUUGUUCUGUCAAAUAUAGGUAAGACACGGAAGAAGUCAUGACAGAAAGGUUAUCCUGUUAAAAUGUGUGUCUGUAAGGACGUUACCAUGAACUUCCUGUUCAAAUGUGUGGCCUGUUUUCGAAUCUGCAUAGCACAACAUUUUUUUAUAUUUAUUUAAAUUUUGAUAUGUUGUGGUGCUUGUCCUUUCCCAGGGUUCUGCACGGUGGCCCUUCCCAAAGUGAUAGCUCGGUGGUGGUGGGACGACGCUGGCAUCUCUUUCUAUCUGUGUCUGAUACAGAAACAACUCAUCCACUACUUUGGAACGCUCAACUCUCUCAUCAUGAUGACCAUGGCUAUGGACCGGUACCUGGCUAUCUGCUACCCUCUCAGGUAACAUAGAUUUACCUAACCCUAACCUUAACCCUAACCCUAACCCUUACCCUAACCCUAACUCUCUCAUAAUGAUAACCAUGGCUAUGGACCGGUACCUGUCUAUUUCACUUUUGGUCCACUGUAGCUCAGUUGGUAGAGCAUGGCUCUUGCAACAUCAGGUUUGUUACAUAAAAAAAUUAUGCAUGCAUGACUCUAAGUCGCUUUGGAUAAAAGUGUCUGCUUAAUGGCAUACAUUAUAUUAUGUUAAGAUAAAAAUCAGCCUUUUAUGCAAUACAACUUAAAGAUAACACCAAGCACACAAAACAUCAAACCCACAACCCUGGUGUUGCUCUCUUCUCUCCCACCCCUCACUCACAACUCUCUUCCCCAUCUCCCACCCCUCUCUCAUCCCCUCUCCCACACCUCUCUUCCCCCUCUCCCACCCCUCUCUCCGCCCUCUCCCAUACCUCUCUUCCCCCUCUCCCACCCCUCUCUCCGCCCUCUCCCACACCUCUCUCCCCCCUCUUCCACCACUCUCUCAUCCCCUCUCCCACACCUCUCUCCCCCGCUCUCCCACCCCUCUCUCCGCCCUCUCCCACACCUCUCUCCCCCCUCUCCCACCCCUCUCUCCCCCCUCUCCCACCCCUCUCUCCCCCCUCUCCCACACCUCUCUCCGCCCUCUCCCAUACCUCUCUUCCCCCUCUCCCACCCCUCUCCCUCUCUACCAGGUACACUAAGCUGAUGACCAACAGGACCAUGUCUCUCCUAACAGCCAUGUCCUGGGUGUCAGCCAUGAUAGCUCCAGGCAUCACCACCAUCCAGUCAUCCCAGAUGUUUUUCUGUGGGCCCAACCGCAUCAUCCAUUGCUACUGCGACACCAUAUCUCUCAACAAGUCAGUGUGUAUGCGUGUUUGUUUGUGGUUACAUUUCUCUAGCCCCAUCAUCAGCUGGUUAUCCCCAAAAAAGUGGAGGGGUGUCCGCUUUGUUGUCGUUUGAAUCCCAGAUUGGCCCUUUAAUGUGCAGUGUUUACUGUCUGUACACAUGUAUGGAUUUUUUAAAUUGACAAAUUCAAUCAAUCCAUCAAUUAGACAGUCAAACAAUCACUCACUCAACAGGCUUUCGUGUGCUGACAUCUCGUCCCAAAGCAGAGUAUCCUUCUCAAUAGCCAUGUUCGUCCUCCUCCUCCCCUUCGGCUUCAUCAUCUUCUCCUAUGUCAACAUAGUUAUGGCCGUGCUCAGAAUGGCCAGCACACAGGUGAGCGGGAGUGUGUGUGUGUGUGUGUGCAUAUGUUGGGCGUGCGUGUGUGUAAACAGUAUGUGUGCGUUGUUUUAUGUCUGUGAACUCCCCAUCUGAACUAAACCUCUCUCCUCUCUCCCCUCCCCAUCUGACCUUCUCUCUCUCCCCCUCCCUCCCCUUCUGUCCCUCUCUCCCUCCUCUCCCGUACCUCUCUCCCCUCCCCUCCUGUCCCUCUCUCCCCCUCUCCUCCUGUCCCUCUCUCUCCCCUUCCUUCCUGUCCAUCUCUCUCCCCUCCCCUCCUGUCCCUCUCUCCCCCUCCCCUCCUGUCCCUCUCUCCCCUCCCCUCCCUCCUGUCCCUCUCUCCCCUCCCCUCCUGUCCCUCUCUCCCCUCCCCUCCUGUCCCUCCCCUCCUGUCCCUCUCUCCCCCUCCCCUCUUGUCCCUCUCUCCCCUUCCCUCCCCUCAUGUCCCUCUCUCCCCUCCCGUCCCUCUCUCCCCUCCCCUCCUGUCCCUCUCUCCCCCUCCUGUCCCUUUUCUCCUCUCCCCCUCCCCUCCUGUCCUUUUCUCCUCUCCCCUCCCCUCCUGUCCCUCUCUCCCCCCUCCCCUCCUUGUCCCCCUCUCCCCCUCCCCUCCUGUCCCCCUCUCCCCUACCCCUCCUGUACCUCUCUCCCCCUCCCCUCCUGUCCCCCUCUCCCCUCCCGUCCCUCUCUCCCCUUCCCUCCUGUCCCUCUCUCCCCUCCCCUCCUGUCCCUCUCUCCCCCUCUCAUCUCCCCUCCCCUCCUGUCCCUGCCAUCCAGAGUCAGUGGAAGACCUUCUCCACCUGUAGUUCCCAGCUGUGUAUCAUCUCUCUGUACUACGUCCCCCGGUGCUGCGUCUACACCAUUAGCAUCAUCAACUUGUCCAUCAGCCAGGACUUUGUUAUCGGCCUGACCCUGCUCUACAGGCAGGUAGCUUAGAGGUUAGAGAAGCGGGCCAGCAACCGGAAGGUUGUCAGUUUGAAUCCCAUGUUUGACAGGGAAAAAUGUGGUUGGGAGUGGAGGGUUGUCGGCGUCAGUGUCCUAGAUGCCUUCACCUGCCAUUGUGCCAUUGUGCCCUUGAGCAAGGCACGUAACCCCUAAACUCCUCACCGGGCACUGCACUAGUAGUUGCCCAUCUCUCCAACUGUGUGUGUGUGUGUGUGUGUGUGUGUGUGUGUGUGUCAGAGGAGUUUGGUACAGCAGAAGACCAGUCCAUCUUGUAUGGCUUAAUAAAGUAUUCUUCUUCUUCUUCUACAGUCUGCUGCCUCCCCUCCUCAACCCCUUCAUCUACUGCCUCCGUACCAAGGAGAUCAAGGCUUCCCUGGCCAAGUGGGUCCAACGCACAUCACAAACCCUCCAUCCACCCCAUAGCCAGCUGACAGGCACUCAGGCAGCCUGCCGCUUAUAAAAUCACACAGAAGGCGUUAUGACUGCACACAUCUCCUGUUCUCUCACCUAUGAAGGAAGCCUUUGGCCGAAAGUUCAUCUGGUCAUGCAGGAGUUGAGCCCCAGACCUGAAUCAUUUUUUAAAACAGAUCUGAUAUGUUUUUUACAUUUCAUUAUUCAAUAUGGUAAACAAGACACAUUUACACUUGUUUUUGCUGUCUGGUAGUUUGCUUUGUGAAAGAAGAGGCUAUAACACACUCAGACAGUAACAAUCAUAUCUUUAUUUGAAAUGUCACAUCACAUCAAAUAAGACCGAUGUCAUCAAAUCACAUUUUAUACGUUUUGAUGCCGGCAGUAUAAGCCUUGAAGGGGCAAUCCAGGAUUGGUACAUAAAGUCGUGGUCAAAAGUUUUGAGAAUGACACAGGUAUUGGUCUUCACAAAGUUCGCAGCUUCGGUGUUAUGAGAUAUUUUUGUCAGAUGUUACUAUGGUAUACUGAAGUAUAAUUACAAGCAUUCGAUAAGUGUCAAAGGCUUUUAUUGACAAUUACAUUAAGUUUAUGCAAAGAGUCAAUAUUUGCAGUGUUGAUCCUUCUUUUUCAAGACCUCUGCAAUCCGCCCUGGCAUGCUGUCAAUUAACUUCUGGGCCACAUCCUGACUGAUGGCAGCCCAUUCUUGCAUAAUCAAUGCUUGGAGUUUGUCAGAAUUUGUGGGUUUUUGUUUGUCCAUCCGCCUUUUGAUGAUCGACCACAAAUUCUCAAUGGGAUUAAGGUCUUGGGAGUUUCCUGGCCAUGGACCCAAAAUGUCGAUGUUUUGUUCCCUGAGCCACUUAGUUAUCACUUUUGCCUUAUGGCAAGGUGCUCCAUCAUGCUGGAAAAGGCAUUGGUCAUCACCAAACUGUUCUUGGAUGGUUGGGAGAAGUUGCUCUCGGAGGAUGUGUUGGUACCAUUCUUUAUUCAUGGCUGUGUUCUUAGGCAAAAUUGUGAGUGAGCCCACUCCCUUGGCUGAGAAGCAACCCCACACAUGAAUGGUCUCAGGAUGCUUUACUGUUGGCAUGACACAGGACUGAUGGUAGCGCUCACCUUGUCUUCUCCGGACAAGGUGUUUUCCGGAUGCCCCAAACAAUCGGAAAGGGGAUUCAUCAGAGAAAAUGACUUUACCCCAGUCCUCAGCAGUCCAAUCCCUGUACCUUUUGCAGAAUAUCAGUCUGUCCCUGAUGUUUUUCCUGGAGAGAAGUGGCUUCUUUGCUGCCCUUCUUUACACCAGGCCAUUCUCCAAAAGUCUUCGCCUCACUGUGCGUGCAGAUGCACUCACACCUGCCUGCUGCCAUUCCUGAGCAAGCUCUGCACUGGUGGUGCCCCGAUCACGCAGCUGAAUCAACUUUAGGAGACGGUCCUGGCGCUUGCUGGACUUUCUUGGGCACCCUGACGCCUUCUUCACAACAAUUGAACCUCUCUCCUUGAAGUUCUUCAUGAUCCGAUAAAUGGUUGAUUUAGGUGCAAUCUUACUAGCAGCAAUAUCCUUGCCUGUGAAGCCCUUUUUGUGCAAAGCAAUGAUGACGGCACGUGUUUCCUUGCAGGUAACCAUGGUUAACAGAGGAAGAACAAUGAUUUCAAGCACCACCCUCCUUUUAAAGCUUCCAGUCUGUUAUUCUAACUCAAUCAGCAUGACAGCGUGAUCUCCAGCCUUGUCCUCGUCAACACUCUCACCUGUGAUAACGAGAGAAUCACUGACAUGAUGGCAGCUGGUCCUUUUGUGGCAGGGCUGAAAUGCAGUGGAAAUGUUUUUUUUUUGGGGGAUUAAGUUCAUUUUCAUGGCAAAGAGGGACUUUGCAAUUAAUUGCAAUUCAUCUGAUCACUCUUCAUGACAUUCUGGAGUAUAUGCAAAUUGCCAUCAUCAAAACUGAAGCAGCGGACUUUGUGAAAAUUAGUAUUUGUGUCAUUCUCAAAACUUUGACCACGACUGUACAUUUUUAAACUAAAAAAUGUAUGAUAUAUAGCCAUUGAUUCUUGCAGAAUAUAACUUAUAAAUGCCUCAUGAGCUUAAUUCAACUCCAUCAGAACCCAAAAUAUAAGCUUGUUUUACUCCACAGCUUGUAAACUAAGUAAACGUAAACAAACACUGUUUAGCUUCAAAACAUGGUUAAAACUAUAAUUAUUACUGUAAAAAAGUCUGCUACUCUAAUUGUAAUGAAUGAAUGAAUUAAUUAAUCAAUGAGUAGAUGGAUGGAUGACAUUCAUUGAGAUAGGUGGGGUUUGCAUUUCACAGAAUUGUACUGUAAUUACAUUGGAUUGGUGCAAGCAGGUUGGCUGCUAGGUAUGUUUACGCAUAAAGCAUAUUACUUAAUAUUCUGUGUUUUAUAUCUCUUGCACUUCUAAAGGCCUUAACAAAGGCUUCCAAACUGGCAGCGACUACAAGGCAAAACAGACCAAAACGGCAUGGCAAAAACGCUCAACAAUGAAAUGUUUAAGACUUUGCUGCCACAUUUUAAAUUCCUGGGGCAUUACUAACACACAGCAGUUAAAUUGGUACAGCACUCUCACUGAUGGCUGGCACAAAUGCUUUAUGUUAAUGAGCCAGAAACAACAAUACCACCCACUAGUGGUCAAAAGGUUUCUGUUGCUCCAAAAAUACUGUACGAUACUGUAGUCUGUGGGGGUUACCAUUCAAAAUGGUGUAAUUAUUUCCCUGUCCACAAAACUUUCCCACAAUGCACCAUAUGCACCACAGUAUGCUGCAGUAACAUUUUUCACAGUAUUUUACUGUUAAUAAAUACCCCAAAUUACAGUAUAAAUGUCAGUUUUCCGUUAGACUGUGGUCAGUCCUUGCGUCCACAGCUCUGUCUAUGAAUUUGAGAGUGGUUAUAUUUCUCAGGCCCCAUCCCUCGGCUGUUUACCAAAACAAGUGGUGGGGUGACCACUUUGUUCUUUGUUUGAAAUGCAGAUUGGUGCUUUACGCUUUGUUGUGCACCAAGCCACAAACACAAACAAGUUAAACUUCCCCAAGCCUCAUGAGACAACUGGAGUGAUCCCACCGAUGCCACCAAUGUAGCGGGAGAGAGACACGAACCGUGCAAUGGGGACUCAAACCGUGGCUUCUGCUGUGCAGAGGGGAACGCCUAACCAUUCGCUCCAACAAAAAUCGGCCCGCGGCUGAAUCUAGUUGCCUACCCUUGCUGUACAACAUUUUCAGUACACCAUGUUAUAAUACUUACAGAAAACUUUCUGUGAUUGAGUGAUGUGACAACGAUGACAUCACCAGGGAGGAGGUCUUUGAUUGGCUGUUGGCUGUCUUGUCAGAGGGCAUGCUGGGUAUAAAGCUGUGAGGUACAGAGUGGCUAACGCCACAGACCUCUGGGGCCACUGGUUGUGAAGGAGGUAAGGAGAGCGAGCGAGAGAGAGAGAGAGAGCGAGAGAAAGAGAGAGAGAGAGAGAGAGAGAGAGAGAGAUCCUCCAGUGUCUUCAACAUCUCUCUUUUAUGUAACUCUCUUACUAUCUCUCUAUUAAUCUCACCAUUUUAGGAGGUAAGGAUGGAGAGAUGUAGGGUCUCCAGGAUCUAGCUAUUUAUAUGUAUGUCACUUUAUAUGUCACUCACUAUCUCUCUCUCUAACCUGGGAGGUAAGCAUGAAGAAGGAUCAUCCAGGGUCUUCAGAAUCUCUUUCUCUUUGUGUUGCUCUCUCUCUCCCACUCUCUCUCUAACCUGGAAGGUAAGGAUGAAGAGGGAUCAUUCAGGGUCUUCAGCAUCUAUCUCUCGCUCUCUCUCUUUCUCUUUCUUUCUCUUUGUGUAGCUCUCUCUCUCCCACUCACUAUCUCUCUCUCUGACCUGGGAGGUAAGGAUGAAGAGGGAUCAUCCAGGGUCUUCAGCAUCUAUCUAUCUCUCUCUCGCUCUCUCUCUCUAACCUGGGAGGUAAGGAUGAAAAGAUACAGUAUCUGUAUCUCUUCAUUAUGAGAGGCUUUCUCUCUCCCCCACCAUCCCCCCACCUUCCCCAGUACAGAAUGUUUGAGGUGAAUGAGAACUACACGCGUGUGUCAGAGUUUGUGAUCGUGGGCUUCCCGGGGCUUCAUCCAUCCUUCUACCAGCUGGUGGCCUGGUUCUUCUUCUUCAUCUAUGUGACCACGGUGGUGGGGAACUUCCUGCUGGUGGUGCUGUUUGCCCUGGAGCGCAGCCUGCAGAAACCCAUGUACAUCAUCAUGCUCAGCCUGGCUCUGUCAGAUAUAGGUAAGAUACUCAGCCUGGUUGUGUCAGAUAUUGGUAAGAUACUCAGCCUGGCUCUGUCAGAUAUAGGUAAGAUACUCAGCCUGGCUCUGUCAGAUAUAGGUAAGAUACUCAGCCUGGUUGUGUCAGAUAUAGGUAAGAUACUCAGCCUGGCUCUGUCAGAUAUAGGUAAGAUACUCAGCCUGGUUCUGUCAGUUAUAGGUAAGAUACUCAGCCUGGUUGUGUCAGAUAUAGGUAAGAUACUCAGCCUGGUUGUGUCAGAUAUAGGUAAGAUACUCAGCCUGGUUGUGUCAGAUAUAGGUAAGAUACUCAGCCUGGUUGUGUCAGAUAUAGGUAAGAUACUCAGUCUGGCUCUGUCAGAUAUAGGUAAGAGAUACUCAGCCUGGCUCUGUCAGAUAUAGGUAAGAGAUACUCAGCCUGGCUCUGUCAGAUAUAGGUAAGAGAUACUCAGCCUGGCUCUGUCAGAUAUAGGUAAGAUACUCAGCCUGGUUGUGUCAGAUAUAGGUAAGAUACUCAGCCUGGUUGUGUCAGAUAUAGGUAAGAUACUCAGUCUGGCUCUGUCAGAUAUAGGUAAGAGAUACUCAGCCUGGCUCUGUCAGAUAUAGGUAAGAGAUACUCAGCCUGGCUCUGUCAGAUAUGGGUAAGAGAUACUCAGCCUGGUUCUAUCAGGUAUAGGUAAGAGAUACUCAGCCUGGCUCUGUCAGAUAUAGGUAAGAGAUACUCAGCCUGGCUCUGUCAGAUAUAGGUAAGAGAUACUGAGCCUGGUUCUAUCAGGUAUAGGUAGAAUGUUUAUCCUGUUCAAAUGUGUACCCUUUAUCUCUCUCUUUCUGUCCUUCCCCAAUGUGACUGCUGAGGGAGUUUAAAUGUGUCUUGCUGGUGCUCAGGCAGUAAUGAGAGGGGAGAGGUCAUGAGAGGAAAAGUGUCCUGUUAAAAUGUGUAUCAUGUGUCCCUCCUUUAAUCAUGUGGAGAAUCCCUCUCUGACGUUAGACAGUGAUGUACAGAUCUGUUAUCGAUCAGUGAUUACGUCAAGAAAAGGAUGAGCAUUUGAACAAGGCCGCUGUGUUUCAUUUCUCUCGCAGAGACAGAGGUUAGAACUAGGGGCCCAGAAUGUUUCCACAGUGGCCCUGCCAUAGGUGAUAGCCUGGUGCUGGUGGGACAACAGGAGGAUUUCCUGUCUGUCUCAAUAAUCUAACGUGGUUUCCUCUCUUCUCCUCUCUCCUCUCUUCUCCUCUCUCCUCUUUUCUCCGCUCCCUUCCCCUCCUCUCUCUCCCCUCCCCUCCAGGUUUUGCCACAGUGGCCCUUCCCAAAGUGAUAGCUCGGUGGUGGUGGGAUGACGGGACGAUCUCCUUUCAUACCUGUCUGUUCCAGGAACAAAUGAUCCACUACUUUGGAACGCUCAACUCUCUCAUCAUGAUGACCAUGGCUAUGGACCGGUACCUAGCUAUCUGCUACCCUCUCAGGUAACAACAACAACAACACAUAUUAUGCGUUAUGAUUUUAUUGAUGCAAAAUAAAUCAAGUGUGUUGGGAGGAAAGUAUUUCAUAAUUUUUUGGGGUCCUCUCCCACUCCCAUCUCCCUCCAUCCCCCCCUCUCUCUCUAUCUCCCUUCCUCCCUCCCUCCAUCUCCCUCUCUAGAUACCCCAUGUUGAUGACCAACCAGACUAUGAGUGGUCUAACGGUCUUCUCCUGGAUGUCAGCCACAGUCUCACCUGCCAUCGGCACCAUAGACUUCACCAGGGUACUGGAAUGAUAAAAUAAUGUAUAAUGAUAAUACUGUUACUACAUUAUUAUUUUAGAUUUAUAAUAGAGAUUUUAUAUUUUAUUACGUUAUUACAUUAGAGGGCCUAACAGCCUGAGACUUCACCAAGGUAGCACAUAACAAAACAAUGUUCCAGGGCACUACUGUUACAUUUCUAGGUAAAUCAAAUUGGCAUAUCUUUAUCACAAAAAAAUAAGUUUAAAUAAUAACAGAAUCGUUUGGACACACCUACUCAUUCAAGGGUUUUUCUUUAUUUUUACUAUUUUCUACAUUGUAGAAUAUUAGUGAAGACAUCAAAACUAUGAAAUAACACAUAUGGAAUCAUGUAGUAACCAAAAAAGUGUUGAACAAAUCAAAAUAUAUUUUAGAUUCUUCAAAAUAUGUGUUGGGUCAUUGUCCUGUUGAAAAACAAAUGAUAGUCCCACUAAGUGCAAACCAGAUGGGAUGGCGUAUCGCUGCAGAAUGCUUUGGUAGCCAUGCUGGUUAAGUGUGCCUUGAAUUCUAAAUAAAUUACCGACAGUGUCACCAGCAAAGCACCCCCACACCAUCACACCUCCUCCUCCAUGCUUCACGGUGGGAAACACACAUGCAGAGAUCAUCCGUUCACCUACUCUGCGUCUCACAAAGACACAGCGGUUAGAACAAAAAAUCUCAAAUUUGGACUCAUCAGACCAAAGGACAGAUUUCCACCGGUCUAAUGUUCAUUGCUUGUGUUUCUUGCCCCAAGCAACUCUCUUCUUCUAAUUGGUGUCCUUUAGUAGUGGUUUCUUUGCAGCAAUUUCACCAUGAAGGCCUGAUUCACGUAGUCUCCUCUGAACAGUUGAUGUUGAGAUGUGUCUGUUACUUGAACUCUGUGAAGCAUUUAUUUGGGCUGCAAUCUAAGGUGCAGUUAACUCUAAUGAACUUAUCCUCUGCAGCAGAGGUAACUCUGGGUCUUCCAUUCCUGUGGCGCUCCUCAUGAGAGCCAGUUUCAUCAUAGCACUUGAUGGUUUUUGUGACUGCACUUGAAGAAACUUUCAAAGUUCUUGAAAUGUUCCGUAUAGACUGACCUUCAUGUCUUAAAGUAAUGAUGGACUGACGUUUCUCUUUGCUUAUUUGAGCUGUUCUUUCCAUAAUAUGGACUUGGUCUUUUACCAAAUAGGGCUAUCUUCUGUACACCCCCCCUACCUUGUCACUACACAACUGUUUGGCUCAAAUGCAUUAAGAAGGAAAGAAAUUCCACAAAUUCACUUUUAAGAAGGCACACCUGUUAAUUGUAAUGCAUUCCAGGUGACUACCACAUGAAGCUGGUUGAGAGAAUGCCAAGAGUGUGCAAAGCUGUCAUCAAGGCAAAGGGUGGCUAUUUGAAGAAUCUCAAAUAUAACAUAUAUUUGACUAGUACUGUAUAUACUACACACACACACACACACACACACACACACACACACACACACACACACACACUCAAAUCAUCAUAUACACUGCUGCUACUCUGUUAAUCAUAUAUCCUGAUGCCUAGUCACCUUACCCCUAUACAUAUCUACCUCUUUCACUCCAGUAUCCCUGCACAUUGUAAAUAUGGUAUUGGAACUGACCCUGUAUUUAGCUUCUUACUUUCUCCUGUUCUUCUUAUUUCUUAUGUUUAUUUCUCCUGUGUUUUUGUUCUACCUUGUGUUAUUUGUAGUGCGACAUUGAUAUUGAUUACUGCAUUGUUGGGUUUGGAGCUUGCAAGAAAGGCAUUUCACUGUACUUGUUCACGUGACAUUUAAACUUGAUACUUUUACAAUAAAACAUAUGCUGCAGCCAGAAGAAAAUGGGUCUAUGGGCCUUUGAGCCUGGUUCCUCUCAAAUUGUCCUCCUUUUAGGGAGUUUUUCCUUACCACUCUGAUUCGGUUUUCUUUUUGUAGUCUAGGUUACUGUUUAAAGGACAUUGCUGAUGUAAAAAGGCCUUUAUAAAUAAAUCGUAUUGAUUGAGAAUGACACAGUAUCUCCUCUAAACGUGUCCUUGCUUCACCUCCCAGAAAGUAACGUUCUGUGGGCCCAACCUGCUCCUUCACAUUCACUGUGACGCUCUUUUGGGGUCUAGGCCGGGUUACGUACUGCUAAUGUAAAAAGGGCUUUCUGAAUACAUUUGACAAAUUGACAAUUACUUUUUUUUGUGUGUGUUUUAUCUCCCAGAAAGUAGCGUUCUGUGGUCCCAACCGAAUCCUCCAUGCUUACUGUGAUGCUGUGUCCCUGACUAAACUGUCGUGCUCCAACAUGGCGGCGAUCCAGGCCAGCUCCAUUGGCCUUGCUUAUUUCGUCCUCUUCGUCCCAUUCUCCUUCAUCAUCUUCUCCUACGUCAACAUCAUCGUCACUGUGAUGCGCAUGGCAAACGCACAGGUCAGAAUUCAGGGGGUGUGGAGGGUGGGAGUGGGGGGUGCAGGUGGGUGGGUGGGUGGGGGGUGGUGAGGGUGGGUGGGGGGUGCAGGGGGGCUGUGUGGGAAGAGGGGUGGUGAGGGUGGGAGUGGAGGGUGCAGGUGGGUGGGGGGUGCAGGGGGGCUGUGUGGGAGGAGGGGUGCUGAGGGUGGGUGGGUGGGGGUUGUGCUGGAGGGCUGUAUGGGAGGAGUGGUAGGGUGUGUGUCCUCUCUUGUCUGUGUCCCUAAUUUUAAGUACUACUCCUGAGUGGCGCAGUGGUCUAAGGCACUGUAUCACAGUGUUAACUGUGCCACUAGAGAUCCUGGCAGCCGGCCGCGACCGGGAGACUCAUGGGCGGCGCACAAUUGGCCCAGCGUCGUCCAGGGUAGGGGAGGGAAUGGCCGGCAGGGAUGUAGCUCAGUUGAUAGAGCAUGGCGUUUGCAACGCCAGGGUUGUGGGUUCGAUUCCCACGGGGGCCAGUAUAAAAAAAUAUAUAUAUAUGUAUUCACUAACUGUAAGUCGCUCUGGAUAAGAGCGUCUGCUAAAUGACUAAAAUGUAAAAUGUAAAAGUACUCUCUCCUAACCCACUGAGAACCUUUCUCCAUCUCUCCCCUCUCUAACCCAGGGCAGGCUGAAUACGUUCUCUACCUGUUACUCAGGGCUGUAUCAUUCUUAUCUAAACUAAACCUUUCCCCUAAUCCACUACUCUCCUCUCUCUAACCCAGGGCAGGCUGAAGACCUUCUCUACCUGUGCUACUCAGGGCUGUAUCAUCCUUAUUUACUACAUCCCCCGCUUCGUAGUCUACUCUACCCCCUACAUCCCCAACCUGACCAUGACCUCUGACCUCCGCAUCGGCCUCACCCUUUUCUACAGGUAGGUAGACCACAGGUUAUAGAGGUGGGCCGGGAUCCCAAAGGUUGCCACUUCCAAGUCCCGGGCCGGGCGAUGAGAAAGUGUGGAAUGAACCACUACUGUUGUGCCUUUGAGCGAGGCACUUAAACUGAAAAUAUUUCUGUGUUAACUGACAAAGUAAAGUAAUCUUCUUCUAAAGUACCUAUUCUAUUCUACAGCCUGUUCCCCCCGGUCGCCAACCCGUUCAUCUACUGCUUCAGGACCAAGGAGAUCAGAGCCAUCCUGGGGCGCUGGAGACAGGGCUGGAGGAAUAGCAGGACAGAACAGAGUAAACUCAACACCGUGGCUGUUAUCACUAGA